AUGGCGUCGAAAGCUAAAGCUGGUACGUCGUCAGAAAACGAGAGGAAGUGUCAUAGAAAGGAAUGUCGAAAAAAUAAGAGGAAGGACUGCGAUAACAAUAUGUGUAAAAAGUGCUGCGAAAAUUGUGGUAAAGCUUGUGCAGCACAUGGUGUACAUAAAGAUGCAUUUGACGUUUACGCCCCACCCUCAUAUGAAUCAAGCGAGGAGUUCCACAAGGUUCAGCCCAGUGCACACCUUGAAAACAGAAAGAAGUUUGAGGAGGUCAUAAGUGUCAAGAAACCUUUACGUAGGCUUACUUUUGGAAGUGACUUCUCAGUCAUGGAUGAUGACCUUACCAAAGUAGUUGACUUAUGGGGUGACCAACUUGUAGUCCUAGAGCUUGGUUCAAGUGAUAGUGGGUGUGGUUCAUACCUCACUGACACCUCUGUACAGCAUCUUGCAUCCCACUGUCCCAACCUGCGCAAACUGCGACUGGAGUCUGCAACUCGUGUGACUGACAAAGCUAUGAUUGAUAUUAUGACAAAAUGUCCUCUUCUUGAGGAGCUGCAUGUUAGUGGAAAUGACAAGAGCAGUGGCAAACUUACUGAUAAGACCAUGAAGUUGCUCUUUGAAAAAGAUGUUCUUCCAAACUUGAAGCAGAUUUGUGUGACGGACCAAAUUGCCAUCAAACAUAACACAGUGUAUCGCUUGAGAAGCAAGCGUCACAGACUAAGGAUUAUUGCAGGGGAGACUGAUAGUGACAGCUUUGCUCAUUCUAUGGUUCUCUCAAUGAUGGGAAUGGAUUAUGGUGAUGGUCUGUUUUAAAUAAGGAAAAUAAGAACUGUGAAAAAGAAAAAUAUUGAACAAGCAAUGAUCCUUAAUCUUUAGACAGCAAUGGUUAAAGACAAGCAAGCAAAUAUUAGUUUCUUGUUCAUCCUAUAAUGCAUUUAUUAAGGAAAAUAAAUUUAUAAAGGUUU